AUGGCAGCAAUCGAUCAGCAACAACAACAAGUUCUGAGUUUGUUGGAAGCAUUCAAUUUUGGCGAUCGGCAAGGUGCAUCAGCCUCGGGUAUGGCACCAUAUCAACCCUUUCUGCAGCAAGUACCAAAUCUUUUGGGGAAUCCUCAGUUUCCUCAAGCCGGGAGCACCCAGUACCAUAUCCCACAACAACAGCAACAACAAACAGCUUUGCAGACAUCACUUCAGGACGCUUACCAGUUAGCUCCAAUCAAUCCCGCUCCGGUGCAAAUGAUGCUUGGUGGUAGUGGUGGAGCACCGUCGUUCGACAGUCGUCCUGCUGGAUCUUUGGCACCCGGUGGGCCAGUAGGGAGUGGCGAUGGCUCGGAAGCACCUCUUCCUCCUCCAGCUAAUGUACCGCUGCAACGUCCGACUGGACAAUCAUCUGGACCGAUACAAUUCCAAUGCCCUCGCAGACCUAAUCAUGGCAUAGAAGGGCGUGCAAUUGUUCUACGCGCAAAUCAUUUCGCUGUUCGUAUACCGGGAGGUAAUAUUCAGCAUUAUUCUAUUGAUGUGCAGCCGGACAAGUGCCCGCGUCGAGUUAACAGAGAAAUUGUGAAUACCAUGAUUCGUGCCUAUCAAAAAGUGUUCAGUAACAUCCGUCCAGUAUAUGACGGAAAACGUAAUAUGUAUACUCGAGAUCCAUUGCCAAUUGGGCGCGAAAGGCUGGAAUUGGAAGUCACACUACCAGGCGACUCUGCUGUUGAUCGACAGUUUACUGUUGCUAUUAAAUGGGUUUCCACGGUUUCAUUAUCGGCUCUGGAAGAUGCAAUGGAGGGACGAGUCCGUCAAGUGCCUUUCGAAUCUGUGCAAGCAAUGGAUGUGAUUUUGCGGCAUUUACCAAGUUUAAAGUACACCCCUGUUGGACGUUCAUUCUUCUCGCCGCCAUUAGGCUCAGCUCAUGGCCCAUCACAUUCAGCACAACAGUACCAUACGGAAAGUAAGCUCGGUGGUGGUCGAGAAGUUUGGUUCGGUUUCCAUCAAAGUGUACGACCAAGCCAGUGGAAAAUGAUGCUCAAUAUUGAUGUUUCGGCAACCGCAUUUUAUCGCUCAAUGCCGGUGAUCGAAUUUAUUGCGGAGGUGUUGGAGGUACCGGUACAAGCGUUAUCCGAUCGCCGUUCCCUCUCAGAUGCUCAGCGUGUGAAAUUCACCAAGGAAAUACGUGGUUUGAAAAUUGAGAUAACUCACUGUGGUUCGAUGCGACGUAAAUACCGAGUGUGUAAUGUUACUCGAAGAGCAGCACAAGUACAAACAUUUCCGUUGCAACUGGAUUCAGGGCAAACCAUUGAUUGUACAGUUACCAAAUACUUUUACGAUAAAUAUCAUAUGCAGCUGAAGUAUCCGCAUUUGCCAUGCCUCCAAGUAGGUCAAGAGCAGAAGCAUACGUACUUGCCGCCGGAAGUUUGUAAUAUCGUUCCUGGUCAGCGGUGCAUCAAGAAACUUACGGAUACGCAAACGAGUACAAUGAUCAAGGCAACAGCAAGGUCUGCGCCGGAACGUGAACGUGAGAUAUCAAAUUUGGUUCGAAAAGCGGAGUUCAAUGCUGAUCCAUUUGCUCAUGAAUUCGGUAUCGCAAUAAAUCCGGCGAUGACUGAAGUGAAAGGUCGUGUACUGAACGCACCGAAGUUACUGUAUGGCGGUCGCACGAAAGCGACAGCAUUACCCAACCAGGGCGUUUGGGAUAUGCGUGGAAAACAAUUCCAUACUGGUGUGGAAGUGAAAGUUUGGGCAAUCGCGUGCUUUGCGCAACAGCAACAUGUUAAAGAAAAUGAUCUCCGCAAUUUCACUACACAACUGCAGCGAAUCUCUAAUGAUGCGGGUAUGCCGAUCAUGGGGCAGCCAUGCUUUUGCAAAUAUGCAGUUGGUGUUGAUCAAGUAGAACCAAUGUUCAAAUACCUCAAGACAUCAUUCGUAAAUAUUCAGCUUGUUUGCGUUGUCCUGCCCGGAAAAACACCAGUAUAUGCUGAAGUCAAACGAGUUGGUGAUACAGUAUUAGGCAUUGCUACACAAUGUGUACAAGCCAAAAAUGUAAUCAAGACGACACCUCAGACACUGUCUAAUUUGUGUUUGAAAAUGAACGUUAAGUUAGGUGGUGUGAAUUCGAUUCUUCUACCUGCUGUUCGGCCCAGAAUCUUCACUGAACCAGUGAUAUUCCUUGGUUGUGACAUAACCCAUCCUCCUGCUGGUGAUUCGCGCAAACCGUCCAUUGCUGCUGUUGUUGGAAGUAUGGAUGCUCAUCCGUCGCGCUAUGCAGCUACUGUCCGUGUGCAAGCCCAUCGACAAGAAAUAAUCAGUGACCUUACGUAUAUGGCGCGCGAACUUCUUAUUCAGUUUUAUCGUUCGACUCGUUUUAAACCAACUCGAAUUAUUAUUUACCGUGAUGGAGUAUCAGAGGGACAGUUCUUCAACGUUUUACAAUAUGAAUUACGAGCACUGCGCGAGUGUUGUAUGUUAUUGGAGGAAGACUAUCAGCCAGGAAUAACAUUUAUUGCCGUGCAGAAAAGGCAUCAUACUCGUUUGUUUGCUGUUGAUAAAAAAGAUCAGGUUGGGAAAGCUUUUAAUAUUCCACCUGGAACAACAGUUGAUGUUGGUAUAACACACCCUACUGAAUUUGACUUCUAUCUUUGUUCUCAUGCAGGAAUUCAGGGAACAUCCCGUCCAUCUCAUUAUCAUGUACUUUGGGAUGAUAAUCAGUUGAGUGCUGAUGAGCUGCAACAAUUGACAUAUCAGAUGUGCCAUACAUAUGUCCGUUGUACAAGAUCUGUUUCGAUUCCUGCGCCCGCAUAUUAUGCGCAUUUGGUGGCGUUCAGAGCACGUUAUCAUUUGGUUGAUCGCGAGCAUGACAGUGGUGAAGGUUCUCAACCUUCUGGAACAAGUGAAGACACGACUUUGAGCAACAUGGCACGUGCAGUUCAGGUCCAUCCAGAUGCAAACAAUGUCAUGUAUUUCGCUUGA